UCCCAGCUCCGGCUGGCUUUUCCAUUCAGUUGCCGUCGAAGUCUGUUCACGGGAGGUUCCAGAGCGUUGUGUAAAGAGUGAAUCGCUGUUCGUCCGCGUCGAUCCCGUUCGUCCGUCCGUCUGUCCGUCGUCGCGGAACUGAUUGCACCUUCCUCGGCGGUGGAAUUUGUGUUCGCGCGGACACCAAAACAAAAGAGACGAAGAAACAAAAACAAUAACAGCGGGCCGUGCAAAGUUGAACGUGGGCCUGGGCGGGCGCUCGAGCUUGCGGUUUCCGAAGACGACGCACGUGAAAGUGAACUGGAAUGUUUCGUGGAUGGGUAUUUUGGUUACUAUUUUGCCAAAUACAGUGAGAAGUGAAGGCGAAGAUUUUACGUUGAUGCAGGCCGAUCAACGCAAAACAAAAGACUGUUGUUCACCAGCAAAGUGCAACUCGGUGCUGCAGAAAACCUACGUCCAGUAAAAGUGAAUCUGUCAAGUGAUUGUAUGGGGUGAAAUUCGAACAUCUACCCAACCAACAGCCACAACAUACGGUUUCGUUGUUGUUAUUGCUUUUGUUACAGAAAAACAUACAUACUAAGCACACAUACAUCCAGACACUCAUCAAGUGAAAACGAAUUAACGACCGAGGAGCAGCGAACUGUUUUGCUACAUCUGUAACUGCGAGGCGAAUUUCUGUUUUUGCAACACUGCCAGCAAGAUGUGAUUGUGUCGGCGCGCGGUGCUGCCUCACUUAGUACGUCGGCUCCGACCAUAAAGCAAUAUUGAAGAAAGAAAUAAAACGCAUGUUAUGGAAAAGUUACUGCUGCUAGCCAUAGUGAGCGAAUGAGUGCAACCGUCGUCGUCGGUGGAAAUCGAAAACGAAAACGACGACUGCGCCGCGAAGAAGACGAGAGGAUAUUGGGGGCUGUGAUGAUAACACACGAGUGUUUCAGAGGAAUCCUUGAUAUUUGUUCGUGCGCAGCGCGCCCAUCCUCACAUUAGCCAACGCAGUGAAACUUCAGAGGUUGGAAAUCGAAGAAAAAUGCAAUGUGAGCAAUUUGUGUUGGAGCGUGUCUGUUUACAGUUUUUCUUCAUAGUGGCCCCAUAAAUGAUUGAUCGAUACUAAUCGAAUCGACAACAACCCUCAACGCGAUAACAAGAGGGCAACGUUGUUUACCAGUGGGGUGUUUUGUUAGGCGCAUCGUACGUACCUACGCAAGUGAAAUCGAAAGCCGAAAAAUUGUUCCGACGUAUCGAAGCGAAAAAAAUUGAAUUUAAUUAAUCGGAGUGUGCACGCUGGGCCCCGAUGUGGUGCUCGCGGGGCGCUAUCAUGUGAUACUGUUUGUUUGGUGGUCAAUCGAAGCCAAACAUUCGUCUUGUUGCGUGUACGCGUAUUCAGUGCGAUCAGUGCCCUCCGCGUGUUGGAUUCGCAAGGCGCAGUGGAAUCGAAUUAGAAGGGUUAAUGAAUAAAAAAAAAUGAAAUAGGCACCCGAUCGGUGGUUCAUGAUUUAUGAUUGCGCGUGUGGGAGCGGCGGUGCAAAUACAAAUCGUUGUGCAGUGAUUUGGGUGCUCGAACAAGCGAUGAACCCGACGCCCAUAUGCAACGAAUGCUCGUGCCCCUACGUGGGAAUGUAAAAAAAAACUGACUAAACGGCAGUGGUCGAGCAGCGCAGAAGCAAUGUAAUUAUUGAUACUGGUGACAAAGCUUGUCCAAAAUUUCGACUAUUCAAGUAUCAACCUCUACGACAAUGAACCUACCGAGUGCGGGAGAUAUUUCAAACCUAGCGUGGUUGGAACAGUUCGGUAAGAAUAUCCCAGGGACCACCGGAUCGAUCGGGUGAUUUGUGAAUUCCGACCCACCGACUGAUCGGCAACAGGUGUUAAAAAUGUAGACGAACGAGUGUGGCUUCCAAUCAAAGACCGUGAAUUUGAACAAGUGGAGUAAAACUAACGCCGAUAGGCAGUCAUUGUGUCAGUGAUCAAAAUUGUGCAACCUGGGUUCGAGACGAGUGAUUGAGCGAUCCCCACAGAAGAAGCAUGAUGGGUGGCACUCGGAUGAGCAUCAUCCUGCUGGUGGUGCUCAUCGCGUGCAAACUAGCCGAUCCCGUUCGAUCGAACGGUGGUGGGCCGGACGGAAGUGUCACUACCGGUGCCGGUGAGGAAACUCCGUUGGGCGGAAGUGAACGAAGAUCUUUGUCGUCGGCACGACAAACCGAAGUGCAAAAUGUUAGCCGUGGCGGAACGUCCACGACCACGGUAGUGUCAGUGACGACAUCAACGCCGGCAGCCCCAACGGUGAAAGGGAGCACCAACAGCACGACCACUCCGACGGUGCCGAUUGCAUCGCAGCUGGAUGGCCGAUCUUCACCAGAUGCCACCGUCGCCACCGACAAUCUAAAUGAAUCCACCUCCACAACCACGGGGGCUCCACCAAAGCGACGAAUUGUCAAUCGAGACAAUAAGCUCAUGUCGGUGCUGCAAGCGCGGAGGACCGCGCUAUCCCGGGAUCGAUGGCAGAAGGAAUAUCAUCCUCCCACGUCACUGAAGCUACAACGCCACAGCAAUCCAGCGGUCAACUUGGUAGAGGAUAGCAGCACACCGGAGUCCAAUCUGAUCAUUCCACCAGGCUCGAAAAUAGCCGGAGUGGAUGAGUUCCUGGAUACGGACGAAUCCAUUCACGGGAUGUACGUGGUAAAUCCGAGAACUGGGAAGAUCGCUCUACAGCAUACGGGACCGCAGGUCAAGCUAGCCAAAGAGACCAACAACUUCCUGGUGCAGCAUGGCAACAAGACUGGAGAGAGUACGAAACUGACCUCGACAAAGCCGCAGCCUGGAAGAAGUUUGUACUACGAUGGGAGGGGAAAACGAACACGUGAUCGGAAAACCUUUACGACAUCUACGGAGCGCACGAUAGAGGACAGCGAACUGAUCCCCUAUCAAUACUUUGGACAAAAAUUGGUGCCGUCAAGGAAGGUUUCGGAUGACUCGCGAAACCAGCUGGUACUUACAAAGGGUACCAGGUUAAACAAGUUGAAAGAGGACUCACUGGAGAUAUUGGAUGUUUCGGCUCCGAAACCUUCGACGGAGAAGAACAAGUUCUGGCAGACAAGAUUGGCGUAUCAGUCUCGGAACGUAGUAGCCUUCAACAACUAUCUGAGAAGAUCGAAAGACGGUCUGUAUGGGAUAACUGUGACGCAAACUACAUCUACGACUGCAGCUCCUUUAGAAAGUCCAGUUCACUCAGACUCAUUGACGAAUUCGAUGAUCGCCCUCAGCAAUCUUUCGGAAGGUCAGGUCGAUCAAAAGCAAGUUUUCUCCAGAAGUGCAAAUUUCACAACAGUCGGCAAAAAUGAGCCAAACGAGUCGAAUACUACUGAAAGCAGCAUCAUAACUGAUUCUACAAAAACAACGACGGGGCUUCCAUUGAAUCACAAACCAGAGGACGAACUGCCUGGCAUUUUCAGUCCAACGGGGUUGGCAGAGAUCUCCAAGUUAAUUAUAAACUAUCCAGAUGAUGCCACACCGGAGGUUGUGUACCACGUGAAUAAUUACCAAGCUGUUGCGGAGCCGGUUCCUGACCAAACGAGUACGGAGAAGUCACAAUCAUUUGAAACGACGCAAUCGAACAUAGAUGACUACGAAACGCCUAGAAACUUGGUUUCAAUACCUGAUAUUAAUCACAUUUUUCAAAAUUUGUCGACAAGAACCACGACAAGCACAACUACGGAGAUGCCUAUUCCUGUCAAACGGGCGUCUUUUGCUGAGAUAGAAACCAAUUUUAAUUCUGAUCAAAAUAUUCCACUGUCAGAAUUAUCCACAACAACUACGACAGCCACUAUAACCAAAUUGGUCGCAACUCCAUCCACCGAGUUGACGACUUCAACCACUACAACAACAACUACCCAGCCUACAAGUACAACAACCGUCACUUCCACUACCACAUCUACCUCAACUACCACCACCACACCUCGACCAACAACCACCUCCUCUGCCCGACCAACAUCUACGGAAACCUACACCGAACCUCCGAUCACCGAAGUCGACCAGGACGUCGAAGUCUACUCGGACCUCGACGACGACACCAAUGGAACCGAUUUCAAACCGAUCCUGUCGCACGUAUUUCCCGAGCUAACCAAAAGCUCACGUCCCGUCACUACACCGGCGCAAGCAGCCACCCAAAGCCCCACCAAGAAACCCACGAUCGCAUUCGAGGGGGUCCUGCUGCAGCACAACAGCGACGUGGUGAUCGAGAUGCGAAAAAUGAACACGGCCACGUUCAUCCUAGCCGGGCUGGGUAUGCUUCCGAUUUUGAUCAUCGUUCUGUACGUCAUCAAGGCGGCGGUUUGCAAACGGGAGAACAAGGUUUCGCACGAUCUUGAACGAUACAUUCCCGAUGGCCAGCCGCCGAUCAGUCCGGUUGUGCGUUUGGAGCAAUCCGAUACCUCCAGCGUUGCCGAUGAAUCUAUCAUUACGGAUCGGGAUUUCAAUCGGAAGAAUCUGCGAUUUAAGAGCUUACUGGGAGAGGGUAAUUUCGGACAGGUUUGGAAGGCAGAGGCCGAUGAUCUGGCGGGUCACUUCGGUUCGACGAGGAUCGUGGCGGUCAAAACGGAACGCAGUGAUAACGGUCAUGGGGAUCUGAAAGCGGAAGCGGAUAUUAUGCGAAAGUUAGGAUCACAUCCGAAUGUGGUCACACUGCUGGGAGCCUGUUUGGAGCAAGAACCGCAACUACUGAUCAUGGAGUACGCCAUGCGAGGGCGGUUACUGUCGCUACUCCGGGCAGCACGAGGUGCUGUCAACGGGUUGGCUCCGACAAUUCAUGGCAACCGGACACCGAUUAUGCCACUUUCACCAAGGAGGUUAACAGGAUUUGCGCAUGACAUCGCCCGGGGGAUGGAAUACAUUGCCGAGAAAAAGAUCGUUCACCGGGACUUGGCGGCGCGCAACGUUCUGCUGGAUCACAACGGGAUCUGCAAGAUCUGCGACUUUGGUAUGUCGAUCGAUCUGGAGAAAAUCAAGUCGUCGCAGGCGCACGUUCGGGUGCCACGAUCUCAUCACAGUGAGUCAAGGUUCAAGUUCGAUCUGAGUGCUCGGUCGUUCGGCAUUGGCAGGCAUCACAGCCAUGGACACCACGACGGACUGGGAAGGCACGGACAUCACCGAGGACACGACUCCAAGAGUCGUCCAGCGCUGCCGAUCCGAUGGAUGGCUCCGGAAGCAUUGCAAUAUCACAUCUUCUCCCGCGAGACGGACGUUUGGGCGUUUGGAAUCGUGCUUUGGGAGAUUGCUACUUUAGGAAAGCAUUCUGAUUGCCCUUAAAGCUCGCAUUCUUGAAUAACCGAUGAUCUUUUCUUUCCGUUUUUAGGUUGCACUCCCUAUCCAACCCUGUCCGGUCGGGAGGUGGUGCGAAAUGUUCCAAAUGGUGCUCGACCGGAGAUUCCUCCGGACUGCCGUCCGGAACUGUACGAUCUGAUGCAGAGAACUUGGCGAAAGGAUCCCCGUCAGAGGCCAUCGUUCUCCGAGGCCCGAAACUGUCUAGCGAGGACACUGUGCCAGUGGCAGCUGGAGGAAACGGACACGUCCAACACUUCGGAAUAUCUGGACGUGAGCGGUUUUAGCGAAGAUUUGGAGCAAGGCAUGGUCUACUUCAACCGACGGAUUUCCGAGUUUGAGUGUGAAAUCUAAUCCCAGUGCAGUAUUACUCGUGUGACUCCCACCUCAUCACCCCAUCCACUUCCCAAGGCACAAACCACUUUGCAUUAGGAUCGCACUUUCUGGUGCGACUCAUUGUUACUUGGCUUGCAAUUUCCAUCUAUCGUUUUCCUGGCGAAAACCAACUGUGGAAAUAUUCUCUUCACCCGGAAUGGAUUCGCGUUGUUUGUGUUUCAUCCCUUCCCUCCUGAAACUUUUGUAAAUAUACGCCCCUUUUUCGACUAUCCGAUCCCCUCCGUACUAUGCUGAAAAGUAAAAAUAGCAAAUUAUCACUGCGGCCUUGCGAAGAGUUUCUUUGUGAAGAACCGACUAUUUAACAUAUUGUGAAUAGAAGCACGCAUACCCUCACCAAGUACCCAGGACCACCCAUCACGAGAUAUUGUUUUAUAUGAGCUUUUAUUUUGUUUCGGAAAAAAAAUCGGCGACGUUAUGGACUUUUACAGAUUGUGAAACACAGUGAUAAUGAGGUCAUAAGUUAUAUCAGAAUAAGCAGACACAUGGAAUAGUGUGAGAAUGUUAUUAAUCGCUAUUUGGAAAACAAACUACCGAAGAGAUAUAAUUUCAUUGCUAAGAAAUGUUGUAAAUUUUUAAACUCAUCACGAUCACGAAAACGACACGAUGGGUCGGAAGGUAUCCAGCUUUUCGAUUCUAGGUGAUAGCAUCAUCGUAUACAGAGAAAAUGAUUUUAUUCUUAUUGCUAUUGAUAGUUAUUUUGUUUUUCUUUGUUAAUAUUUAGACACGGAUCAGAGGAGGAAUUCGAUUUUUCUCUGAAUAAACAAAUUGUGAAAAUCUUA